AUAACAUCCCCAAACAGUUUGUAGACAGCGACCCAUAUAAACAUUAUUUACUCACAAUAUUGCCGAUUUCAUACACGAUUUACUCGCUAUAUUUGGGUAUUUACAUCGUUAUAUGUGUGCACUGGUGGCGAACACAUAUAAAACUCGGACAAUUUGUCAACAUCGAUUUAAAUGUUGCCCAUGGUAAAUAAAUUAGGCCCCUAAAAGUUGAGUUUUUAAUAAUAUCUUGCAGUACUUUCACAAUCCGAAGGGCGCAUGUGAAGUCACUGUACCACGUGACUACCUACCUAAUUAUCUAGACUUUUUGAAAUCGGGGCUUAGAUUUAAGUCUGUAUUGUGGUUAAUUAUCGCAAAAUUUCGGCGAACGAACUAUUAGAAUUAAUUACUAUAAGCAUAAAGAAGACGAAAUGCAUGUAAUGUUGUAAACUUUGAAAACAUGAGAUGUGUCCUUUAACAAACAUUCUUAUAGUACUCUACAUUACGCUAAUGAAUUACCGGUUUAUCUCGCAUAGGUAUUGACUUAUAUAGUUCUGUACAUUAACUUUAUUAUAACAAAGAAGUUCUACAGCGUUUAUUAAUCAGGCUUCUCAUUGACUCAAAUUUGACACGUUGGAUUAUUUAUGUGGGAGUUAACUGGACUGGGGUACCCGGAGGAGACACACUUAUUGGAUUAUUUAUGUGGGAGUUAACUGGACUGGGGUACCCGGAGGUGACACACUUAUUGGAUUAUUUAUGUGGGAGUUAACUGGACUGGGGUACCCGGAGGAGACCCACUUGCACGAUUGGGCAACCAAUACCCCCAGUUAUCCACUGUCAAUUAUAAGGAUCGAACUAGAGUCACAACAGUGAAAAGCGAUUGCGUUGACCAGUACUCGACCGGGACAUGCAUACAUUUCCAUAGGAUUACUAGUCUAUCUCAUACUAAUUGUGACUAAUAGUACUGUACUUUAUCUAUAUAGAUUACUAGUCUAGAUUACUAGUCUAUCUCAUACUAAUUGUGACUGGUACAAGUGUAGUAUAACUUAUGGAUUGUUAUUCUAGACAGACCUGUAUCUUGAAACUGUAGGGCAAAAUGCAAAACAAGUACAAUGGAUCAGUACAGAAAUGAGAUCAGUAUAGGACUGGGUAUGGAUCAGUACAGAAAUGAGAUCAGUAUAAGACUGGGUAUGAAUCAGUACAGAAAUGAGAUCAGUAUAAGACUGGGUAUGAAUCAGUACAGAAAUGAGAUCAGUAUAGGACUGGGUGGCUACAGGAACUGCAGCAGAAACGGAAGAAGUGGGUCAGUAUCAGGACUUACAUCAAUACAUCGCACGUAGACGUGUAUAUAUUGUUAUUAAUGAUAGAAUUAGAAAAUGAGUCUUAAAAUAUCUCAUGAAAUGUAAAGGGACAGUCAAAUGGUUUUAAAGGAAAUAAUACAUCAUGAUUGCUUUAAUUUUAGAACACGGACGAGAUUUUAAUGCUGAUAUAAAGGUUACCUCUGUUCAAAAGGACUUAUUUCAUAACCAAUCACUGCGAUUUCACCAGUUUAUUAUUUAGUUUUAAAUACUUUCACUUUUAUAAUGAAACAUCUUAAAACAUACUUAAGCUUUUUGAUUUGUGCUCAAAUAAUAACCAUUGCAGAAUCGACUUGCGAAGGAAAAGAGGCUGUCAUUUGCUGUUGUGGUUACAGAAGGAAAGCACGAAACAAAAUCUCUACUAAUAACCCAUUCAAGGGAUUAGCUGCGAAGAGAACAUCAGACACUCACAAAAAUCCUGUUACCCCUCCUUCUGCAGUCUUGCCAUCCACAGACAGAAGUCAGGCAGCUGAAGCCACUCAGUCUCAUUAUCCAUCAUCUCUGGAGGAAAAAUUGACAUUAAUCAUCAACAGAUUAUCAACUAAUCCACAAAGUCAAACAGACAGCGCGUUACACGUUCCUCUACAGAUAGGCAUGGCGUUGAUUCUGUUGCUUCUUUUAUUUUGAUUGUGGUAUAUCUUGUUAAAAAGGGAUCGAAAUGUGCAAGGUCCUUAAAAUCAAGGCCAUCAGGAAUGCUACCACGAAAUUCCUACGAUUACCAUUGUUUCCAAAUUGAGAAACAAUCGUCCUCGUCUAUCACCUCUGAUGGAGUUUUCUACGAUGAGAUUACAGAAGUAAGGAUGAACUACUAUGAUGAACGAAAGCCAUAUACUCUGGGACUUCGAACACAAUCAGUGUGAUUCAUUUCUUUUUAAUGCAUAUAGAAUUUAUAUCAAGAUGGAAAGACGAUAUUAUCUGGAAAUGAAAUAUAACGAGGAUUACCAAAGACAAAACAUUGUAAAUAGUUUAACAUAUCGUCGCUCUCCGCAAUAAUAAUCCCUCCCAGGCACCUGCUAUAUGUUUGCCCCACUCUCUAUUUUGUUUUGCUUAUUUGAGUUAUGAGAUGGAUCAAUGUUCAUUAUCUUCGUCUUUCGUUUUCGAUACAUUUCAUGUUACAUUCAUGACUAGUGUAACUACAUUGUACUUACUGUAUAAAAUUUAACUUUAUUAUCAUCUUUGAAGUGUUUUAAAAUGUGUAAAUCAG